CUCGCUACGCUGCCAUGUUGUUGGUGGUAUACUUUUUCGUAACCUAAAUGAUACAACUAAGGAUUGGCAACCAGAUUGUAGACUUGCGAUAGAAAAUGGUGCUUUUUGAGGACCAUUUUUGGGGGGAGAAAAAUGCCGGAUUCGACGUGCUCUAUCAUAACAUGAAAUAUGGAAACAAUGCAAGCUGUAAGCUUGUUGAAUUUGUACGCGAAAGAUCUGCCGUGGAGGAAGUCUAUGCUAAAUCACUCUUGAAAUUAGCGAAAUCUGCAACUCAAGUGACACAGCUAGGCACCUUUGAGCCUCUCUGGGGAGUGCUACGGGUUGCAACCGAGAAGCUUGCAAAUGCACAUUUGCAAGUUGUGACAAGAUUUCAAGAUCUUAUCAAAGAGUUGAAGGAUUAUGGUGACAAGCAAAAGGAAAGACACAAACAGGCUAAGGAAGAGUUUAGUAGCACAGCAGAGAUUGUACAGAUCAUACAAACAAUGACAGCCAAUCUGGUCAAGGCCAAGGAGGCUUACUAUGCCAGGUGUCAAGAAGUUGAAAAAUCAAGAAAAGAUGGAUCUGGUCCCAAGGAUGUUGAAAAGGCUGAAGCAAAAAUGAAGAAAGCUGCUGAAGAUUAUAAAUCUAUUGUUGAAAAGCGAGAAAUAAUUAGAAAUGACUUUCAUGACAGAAUGGUGGAUGCUUCCAAGAAAUUCCAGAAGAUUGAUGAAGAACACUUGAAGGUAAUAAUUACUUACCUUGAACAGUACAUUGACUCUCAGAAGUCAGGACAAGUUCUUAUUGAACAAGUUUACAAGGAGUUCUUAGGGCAAGUGAAGGCAUUAACAAUACAUCAUUUGUUGGAUCAGUUUGUGAGGAGCAAGGGUACUGGCAAAGCCAUUCCAGAUGUUAUAACAUUUGAGGAGUACAGCGGGCAAGUAGAAGGUGCCAUGACAAACAAUCACUCACCCAGCUUGAGUGCACCCAAACACCAUCAUCCAUCAGGGUUUCCAAUAACAUUGAAGAGAAUAGAAAAGAAGAAAAAGAAAAAGAAGGCAAAGAAGGAGAAAUCACAAAAUGGUUCAGUUGACUCACCUUCAAGUGAAGGAGGGGAUGUGUCCUCAUCAUUUGAAGUAGAUGAAGAAGGAUACAGAAUAAGACCUCCUGAUUCAGAAAGUACCAAAUCAGGGGGGAAUAGUUCAUCUUCUGAUUCAGAUUCAGAUGAUGAUGAGCCUAGGAAACUGCAAGUUGUUAUAAAUCCAGUGGAAGCUGAUAAGAAUCCACCAACAGCUUCAGUUGAUGAAAUAAAGAAAAUUACAGGAACGCUUAGUCUCUCUUCGCCUUCAUCAAUGCGUAAAGGUUUAAGUUCUUCAACUGGUGAAGUCAUGAAAAACAGAUCCAGGUCUUCAAGCCAUAUGUCAAAUAUAAAAUUGUCACGUUCAAGUGAUGACUUGUUAGACAUAGAUUUUAGCCAAACAAGUUUUGCCAGUACUGAUUCUAUGACAUCUGGAUCACAAAGAAAUUCGCUUCAACUCUCCCAAAAUGGUGCUUCGAGUGUAACUGAUUCUGAACCCAACACACAAAGUUCUGGAGACUUGAAAUCAAUGGCAGCAGCUUUGCCUUCUUCCACAAGUUUAGAUUCCAGUGAAAAUGUGGAAGCCGAAUAUUGUGAUAUUCCACCCUUGCUGCCUGCUAAAAAGGGAAGCAUAGUGCAGGAAGAAUCUUCAGAACCUCCUCCCCCCUUGCCAAUCAAGAAGGGCACAGCUAUUGCUAACAAAGUAGCAGAAAAUGACUCAGCAGUAGCUGGAGUGUCAGAGACAAGUUCAGGUGAUACUGGAAUCAUGUUUCAAACUGGAUCUGCUUCGGCAAGUGACAGCAGUAAUUCUUUGCUUCUCCUCAAGCCACCUCCAGGAACCGAGCUACCCCGUUCUGCAUCUGUAGGUAGUGCAGUGCCGAGGCCAAGACCACAGCCAUGGUCUUCUAGUUCAUUGUUGUUUCCUACUGGUCAGUCAAGCAAGCCACCUUCAACAACAUCAUCAUCAACAACAUCAUAUUCAGCCGAACUGUUCAGCUGCCUGGCUGACUUUACACCAGUGACUUCCAGCAGUACAGAACCUUCUGAAUCACAAAAUAGUUCUCUCGCUGGUGAACAUGGAAAUCCAAAUAGUCCCUCUAAACAACCUGUAGUAAGUUACAUGGGUUCAACAACAAGUACUGGCCAACAAGCACUCAACAGAGCCACAACAGUAUCCUCUCUUGGAAGCUCGCAAGAAAAUGUACCUGCCCUAGUACGGUCCAAAACAGUAGGGGGACUCCCCACUAUGUCAAGUGUAGUGUUUGCCAAAGGGGCAGCUGGUACUGUCUUGGGUAAAAAGGACGAUAGUCUUCCUAUUGCAGUGGCAUUUAUUGAGUCUGUGAAUGCAUUCUUUAGAGGAAGUGAUCAGAGCAAGUGUAUGGUUAAGGUCACAGGUGAUAUAACUGUAUCAUUUCCAGCCAGUGUACUUCCACUCAUUUAUGAUGUAGAACAUGCCCCAAUGCUUAGCUUCCUCAUUCGUGGAACAUCAUGUCUGGAGCAGAUCUUACCAAACAAGGCUUUGAUUAAUAGCAAAGGCCAGUUGAGUGGUGGUGAUGGCGUCACUUAUGAUUUUAAUAUGGCAUCUCUGGCUGAUCACCUUAAAAAACAAUCUGAGCAAGGAGCAAGUACCUAUUAUAAUAUUGACAUUAUCAAAUAUGAGGUAAAAACAAAUGGCUUUUCAACAACUCCACUUCAGCUCUGUAGUUACUGGAAAUGUGAAGAGGAAGCAACAGAUCUUAGGGUUGAUUAUCGUUAUAAUCCAUCCUGUAUGUCAGCUCCAUGUUCGAUUAGCAACUUAUCUGUGCUGGUACCCAUGAAUGGUGGUGUUACCAUCAUGCAAUCAAAACCAUCAGCUACUUGGUCUGCUGAACACCAGAGAGCAUUAUGGAAACUUCAAGAAGUCUCCAAUACAUCAGAAACUCAAGGUACCCUGAGAGCAAGGUUUGAUUUAACACAAGGCCCAAGUACACCUUCACGAAUUGCUGUUCAGUUUACAUGCAAUGGUGCCACAAUUUCCAAGUUGAAUUUUGAGUUGAAAAGUCAAGAAUACAAACUAUCUCUUGUUAAAAAGAGGUUUACCACUGGUAAAUACAUAGCAGAGAGCUAGUGGAAGCUAGCUCUGUGCCAAGUAAACCAAUAUUUUAAUGAUUUAAUCAAACACAAAUUUAAACAAGUAUUGUGGAAAUGUAAAUGAAUGAAAGGGAAAGAGAAAUCUAUAAAAAUGAGAUAUAAUUAGGAGGUGGAAUUAAUAAGUGAUUGGUGCUGUAGGUUUCUAUUAAACUUCACAAUUCUUAUAUUGUACAUUUUGAAAAUAUCUUUUGUACUUAGUUUUCGGGUACAAAAAGUGAUUUGUUUAUUCAUGGUGUUGAGAAGAUAUUGUAGCAGUAUCUUUUAUUAGUAUAAUUUAUACCACACAAGUGAACAACAGUGAUUGGCUGGUUAGAAAGUGAUUAGCAAGUAUAAUUCACCUCCCAGCAGCUAAAGAGACAAAAUCUUGUGUCAAGAGUUAAAUUUCUGACCAAUAUAUAUAUUGGCAGAAUAAAUUAAUUCUUGGGCUUUUGUGUGGGAUGUACUAAAACAACUAUUCAUCUCAGUGUUGGUGAAAGCUGUGGAUAUUUACCUCAUUUUUUGGCUUAGUAAAUUGUCAUCUUCACUUUGGUGCAUAAUUGUUUACUGUUACCAAACCAUCAUGGUUUAAAAAAACUUUUUUUUAACUUAGCUCAGUUAUUUGUUCAUCCUAUUCACUUUCCUCCCCUAUCAAUCUCCCAUCCCUAAUAAUUGUAUCAUGUGGUAUCAGAAUGAGAGUACAUAUUUUCCUCCACUUAGAAGUAUUGAGUUAACCCUUAAGCUUCAAAAUCUCAUUGUUAAUUCUCCCCUGUAGUAGCUACACAUUUCCUUGCAAACUAGUUACAAGAAUUUGGUGCUAGAUCAAGUUAACUUUUAUCUGAUAAGUUAGAAUAUUUCCAUUUCCUGUUUGCUGGUUAAUGUAUGGAUAUUAUAGUGAGAAGUUACAUGUUAAUCACUUUUGAGAGUUCAAAGGUUAAAGGCUAAUUUACUACUUUGAUGAAUGAGUUUUGAACUUAUCUGGUGGAUUAAUCUUGUCACUCUAGCCUCGAUUCUUUUGCCACUGAUCUCUAUCAGGACGAAACCAUUGUUUUUUGUUUUGUUUUUUUUUCCAUUUAAAACAAUGGUGAAAGUACUGUGGAGAAGUUUUUCUAUGCAAACUCAAAAGUAACUGUUUGGACCAGAACCUCUAUCUCUGGUGCUGACCAAAGUGAUCACAGCUCAGGAAACAGGACUGCAACAGCUCAAGCACUCAUCUUCCUAAAAUAGAUACUCAGAUGGUCACACUCUCUUUUCUCACAAAUUUAAUCAAGCACCUUUGCAAGUCACUGUUUUUUUUGCUUCCCCUCAAGGCAUCCAACUUCUUUUAACUAAAAAAUGUUCCUUAAAAGAUGUGAUCAAUGGUGCAGUAUAUCUAAUUGUUAUGGGGUGCAGUAAGAAACACCUGAGGGACACUUGUAAGUAACAAAUACUCCCUAAGUCAGUUGAGUAUUGCUGGUGUUGUGAGCAGGAAUUACCUGCUUAUCAGGAUUGCUAGGUUUGAAACUGCAAAAAAAAAAAAAAAAAAAAAAAAAAAAAAAAAAGAAAAACAAUGCUGGAAUAGAGCUGACAUGCUUUUCAUGGGUAAGUUUUCUGGCAUUUUUUACUCUCAUAAGUGGCCCACAAAAAAGCCACUGUUAAGUUUGAAACUUCAAGCAAAAAAAACAUGGCCAUUUUGUUUGGUGUAAUCAUUUUGCUCUUCAAUAAAUCCUUGAGCAAGACUAUGUUCCAAGGUGUCUGGAUGUUCACCUUUUCCUUUCCUUUUGAAUUCUUUUGAAAUGUGAGAGGUUUUUAUCAUCUGGUCUUAAAAGUUGUUGGUUUCAAGUGCACUAUGGCAUUGAGUGGCUUUGCCAUGGAGCAAGCAGCGCAAGGCUUAGAUAAAAAAUGUUAGAGGAAUUUUAUUCUGCUGCCUUUUAUUUAAAAAAAAAAUGCUGUUAGCAAAUCAUGGUUGUUAUCAUCCAGCCAUCUUGGUACGGUCAGUGAUAUCUUGGGGUAGGGAGAGUAGUUAUGAUUUUAUUGGAGUGCAGUCCAAUUGAGUACUUUUUACAAUCUCAGGUAUUUAUUGGUCAAGCUAUCUGGGUGAGAAAUUGGUAAUACUCAAUGGGACAAGGUGGUGUUACCCUUAGACCUAAAUAAUGAGAUGUCUGGAGUAUCAAGUUUGUUAAUUAAGAUCACCAUGGGAAAAUAUUUGUUUUAAUGGAAUUUUUAAAAUUGAAUUUUUCUUCUCACUAUUAGAUUCAAAUUGCUAAAAUGCACUGUCAGUUGUACUCAAGGCCGCUGGAGGCUAUAAUUUUGCAUUAAAAUGAAAUGUCAUCUUUUUA